CAGCGAAACUUCAAGGACUUUGAGUCAAACAAGCAAUUAUUUGAAAGCAGCUGCUGUUGAUGUCACUCUCACGGCAUCAAGAACAGAUAGGAGCAAGAACAGUACACAGCAACCUUCUAGUGCCAUACAUGCUCCUGAUCCACAUCCAGCUGUUAGUAACAAUCAACUACAGGAGAACUACAACAUAAAAAUGAUAAACGGUGGAGGCGCAUUUAGGUAUACGCGUGUGAACACUUCACAAGUCCGCUUUCUACAAGACAAUAUUCGAGAGGAAUUCCAAGGAGGAGGCUUGAUAUGGGAUCUCAUCGCAAGACUUCGCGCUUUGCUUAAGGUUACUACUGCAAAAUAGCAUAAUUUCUUUCAGAGCUAGAGCACCUCUUGUUCAUUAUGAUUAAGUACUUUGUUGUUGCCUGCAUAAGCAUGCUACAGUGACGAGUAGAGCUGCAAUGGAUCAGAUAUUUGAGGAAUCUCUUCAUAUAUCUCAUUAAGAAAAAAUAUUUUUUGACCAUACAUGCUCAUUUUACGCCCUUUGAUCCAGUUCGUGUUUCUAAUGUGUCAGCUGACAAAGAUCCUGAGGUCAUUCUUCAGACCAAUAUACUGGAGAUAUCCAGACAUCCAAACGAGCCACCACAGAACGACGAC